AUGGCUGAACUGGCAGAAGAGUUAUUAGUCGUCUUAAAUCGCAGUGAAAGUUCUGGAUUUGGUUUUUCCCUGCUUGGGGAACCUGGAUUACCGCCGAUCAUCUAUAAUAUCUUGGAGAAUUCGCCAGCAGCAGAAAGUGGAGAGGUAGAAGUUGGAGAUGUUAUUUUAAACGUGAACGAAACUGAAGUCAUUAGGUUUAGUACAAAAGAAGUUUUAAAAUGUCUCCGGUUAUCUGCAGAUCCUGUCACAUUGAAAAUUAAAAGGGACCCAAAAAUAAAGGCAACGGUCUGCAAACAUCUACGGUCUGUUUCUGGCGGCAGCGACAGUGACACUAUUCCUGGAGUACAUUCUACAUUCAAAUCCCUCUCUGGAAGACCAGAACCUGGUAUCCACAAGAUGCACCGAUCGGCAUAUUCUCCUAUCUCCACCAAUGGCAGCUGUGGCGAAAUUGAACCGCUUCUGAGUCAACAUACUGAAAUGCAAGCCACAGAGGAGAAUGAGAGGUUGCAGUGGCAUCCAUUAGCAGCAGAAGAUAAAUCAAAGAGUCAGCCAAAAUUCGAAGCAUACAUGAUGACAGGAGAACACAUAUUGAAUAUUUCUCGUGUGCCUCAGCCUAUCGUUCCGAAACAACAAAAAAAGAUGGACAACCUACGGUAUCACAACAGUCAUGCACACCAUUUGCGACAUCAGCAACACAACUCAGUGCCAAACAGCCCCAACGAAACAGACCUUGGUCACCGAAUGGGUGGCAAAUCGGGCCCCAACUCGGUCACUACUUCUCCUGUCAGUGCCAACAAGCGAGACCAGCACCAGCAUCCGCCUUCUGAUCCAUACAAUUAUGUCAGGACCAGUCGAUCUGAGGACCAACUUCAAGGGCAAAACGAACUGUGUAACGUCAGCGUGGCCAACUCGGAAGCGGACGAGGACGUCACUAACUCUCUCAACACGCUGCUGGACACGCGUCCCGAUUCGGUGGGCACGGCCAGCGACAGCGACCGCAUCGUGUGGACGUACAACGCGCCCAUCUCCGAGCACCACAAGUUCGGCAGCGGCAACGCGUCUCCCAUCUCUUCCAGUCCCCCGCAUUCCGGCUCGCCGGCCUCCCCCACCACGUCGGUGUCUUCCUCCGUCAUGUCGAGCCAAUCGGGAUCGAGGCGGUUGCCGUUCACCGCUACCAAUGGGCACUUCGGACAGCAUACGGACUUCAGUGUUUCGGAGGCUGUCUCUAAUAUCUCCAGCCCCGACUAUCAUGACGACGAUAUUAUCGGGAUCAAAGACUGUGUUAUGGAAAUUAGUGAUCAUAGUGAUAGUGAUAGUACUUUAUUGGUGUCAGAGCCAAGGCAACGACAUGUGAGAGUUCACGGAAGUUUGACGUCAGCUAAUAAUGCUGCCGAUAAUAGUGAACAUCGUAUUGUGAUACAAGUAAAAGGACCUGAGAAGGAUAGAUCGAGGCACAGUGAGAGCGCUUCAACACUCAGAUGUGAAAUGUAUGGAUACAAGGGCUCAUCAGAUGGAGCUUUCGAAUCUGAUCAAGAAGAAGAAAUGGGAAACCCAGACACUACAAAUAAAUCAUCACCUUUGUCUUCUGAAGAUGAAAGUGAUAUAGAAAGUCUACACAGCUUCCAUUAUUCACCAAAAGCAGUCGAUAUGCCUUCUGCUAUUAGACUGGCCAAGAGGUUGUUUGGUCUUGAAGGAUUUAAGAAAUCGGACGUAUCGCGACACCUAAGUAAAAAUAAUGACUUUAGUAGAGCAGUAGCAGAGGAAUACUUAAAGUAUUUCAACUUUGAAAAAGACACUUUAGAUAUUGCAUUGCGAAAAUUCCUCAAGCAGUUCUCUCUUACUGGCGAAACUCAAGAAAGAGAGAGAGUUUUAGUACAUUUUUCCAAGAGAUUUUUAGACUGUAAUCCGGGUACAUUCAAUUCUCAAGAUGCUGUACACACAUUAACAUGUGCCAUCAUGUUGCUCAACACUGAUUUGCAUGGACAGAAUGUUGGAAGAAAGAUGACUUGCAAUGAGUUCAUUGAAAACCUAGCUGGAUUGAAUGAAUGUGAAAAUUUCCCACGAGACAUUCUCAAACAGCUAUAUCAUGCUAUCAAAAAUUAUCCUUUGGAAUGGACAUGGGAUGAGGAACCUGAAGAUGCUCAGUCACAACUGAAGAACAGUGAACCAAUCAGUUUAGGAGGGAAUCCAUUCUUGGAAGUGCCUGAUGCAAAUAAUGCAAUAGAAUAUAAGAAAGGUUAUGUUAUGAGGAAAUGCUGUUAUGAGACUAAUGCAAAGCGAACACCAUUUCACAAGCGUAGCUGGAAGAUGUACUAUUGCACGCUGCGCGAUCUGAUCCUGUACCUGCACAAGGACGAGAACGGAUUCAAAAAGAACCAAAUGGGGGACAACCUUCACAAUGCCAUCAGAAUACAUCACGCACUCGCCACCAAAGCCUCGGACUAUACUAAAAAACAGUAUGUCUUCAGGUUGCAGACCGCCGAUCAAGCGGAAUACUUGUUUCAAACUAGUGAUUCGAAGGAGUUACAAUCUUGGAUUGAUACCAUCAAUUUUGUGUGUGCCAGUUUUUCGGCGCCACCCCUCGAAGCAGCUGUUGGAUCUUCAAAAAAAUUCCAGAGGCCUUUGUUACCAUGCAGUCAUACUAAAUUGAACUUGAGAGAGCAACUGGCUGAUCAUGAGGAGAGAGUAAUGAGACUGGGAGCUAUGAUGGAAGAACAUCGAAAAACGCCUCCUGAGAAGGGAUCAAAAUCACAAGUUCUUCAAAACUACAAAGAAAAAGAAGCAUACUUGAAUCAUGAGGUGAGUAGGUACAAAACCUAUGCUCUGAUGCUUCGUUCCAAAUUGAUGCAUUAUCCCGAGAUGACCGUGAGCCUGGCGGAACACAGCAUCGGAGAGGUGGAUGAGGCCUCGUGCGGAGUUACCUUGAUGGACAACUCCGACGGAAUUGUGCCGCCUCCGAUUCCCGACAGACCGUCACCUAUAGUCAACAGGCAGGCGAUUUACAGUCGGAACACCCAAAACGGCGAAGUCGACACAGGUUGAUGGGCGAUGAAGGUAUGUUCGGCGUGUUUGCUUUGAUUCGCCCUAUUCGGUUGGUUCCUCAUCCUCGGACUGCGGUAUGGAUUCUUUUUCGUUUCGGGAGAAGCUUUAGUGACGAUGAUGUACACAAAAUAUUUAUAAUGUCAAAUUCAUUAUUGUGA